AUGCCCUCUGGGAGAUCGGGUGCUAAACCGAAGCAGAAAAAACAAUCGUCACAGCUCACAGGCGCCCUGACAGUCGUGGACCUCCUCAUGGCCUCCAGAACACUGCAGGCCCAACAAGAUGGCUGCCGGCAUAAUACACGCGACGCGGCCUCACCAACCCACGCACAGAGCGGCAACCAUCCAGACCCACAGACCAAAGAAACCUCGCAAAUAUUACAACAACUAAUGGACAUAAAAACCUACGUGGUGGCCAAAAUAGCGCGGAGCUCCAGAGAGGUCAAAGCAGAAAUCCAAGCUCUGGGCAUGCGCAUCGCAGCCCUGGAGACUCGGGUUGAGACGGUGGCAAUAGCACAUAAUGAAGUAGUGACACAUGCCACACAACUGAAAAAGCACCUGCUGAACUUGGAGCUGGAAAUGGAAGCUCUCUCUAAUCGAUCCCGUAGGAAUAACUUGAGAAUCUACGGCCUACCGGAAGAUCCUAAUGACACUAGAAUAUUAUUUAAAACAUAUUGUUCCAGACGUCCCCGAUGA